AUGAAGGGUUUUCUUUCGCUUGCCGCUCUGGCAGCCACUUGUGCAACUGCUGCCGCGGAUGUACCUGCCCAGUUCACCCUCGUCAUCGCAGCAUCCGACUCCAGCAUAAACGGAUUGGCUGUUGUUGAUACAAACAACAAUGAAAUCGACAUCGAAGGAGUUCUCCAGCCUAAUUUAGGCAAUGGAGACCCAACUGUCUUCUACUUUGACUCGGCGACCGGUCAUCUCGCGACAAACUCGACCCUCACCGGCGCCGAGCGCUUCGGUUAUACCCUUUACUCCAACUUCACAAGCAGCCUACGCUUCAACGAUGGCGACAACAUCAGUGGUGACGUCGGUUACCCCACGUUUACUGUUGGGGAUGACGGCUUAUUGAGUGCCGGUGGCAAUUUGACCUGGGCCUGGUGCCCAGAUGACUUCAACGUUGGUGAUGGUUGGUAUUUGCCGGGAAGUGUCACACUGGGCAGCAUUGCUAAGGGCUGUGAGAAAAUUGAUGGAUUGACGGCUGUCGCAGCCUCGUCUUAA